AGAAUGUUCAUUUUUGGGUGAACUAACCCUUUAAUGGUUAUUUUGACUGCUUACAAAGCUUAAUAUUUCAUAGCAGAGACAGAACAAAUGUCUAUCCCAUAGCGCUCAUAGAGUCAGUUUACGUCUUGUACAAAUUAAUGCAUUUUUACAUGAGAAAUGUAUUUGUAUCAUAUCAAAGCCCCUUACUCUGUUGCAAACAGGUGCAAAACAUUGUGGAGCAACUUGCAGCAGGCAUUCGAUACUUUGAUCUUCGAAUUGCCCACAAACAGUAUGAUUCUUCCAAUGAGCUUUACUUCACUCAUGUCAUUUACACACAUGCAAUGGUUGUUGAAACUCUACAGACUGUUGCUUCAUGGCUUGAAUCACAUCCCAAAGAAAUCAUCAUUCUAGCUUGUAGACAUUUUGAAGGGCUGAAUUAUAAAAUGCAUGAGGAAUUCAUCUAUUCUCUGAAAAAAAUCUUUAGCUCUAAACUGUGCCCUCGCGACGAGGCCCUAUUGACCUUGCGGAGUCUGUGGACAUCAGGGUAUCAAGUUGUGCUGUCAUAUGACGACCAGUCAGCAUCACGCCAUAAGGAGUUGUGGCCUGCUAUCCCAUACCUUUGGGCCAAUAAGCCUAACGCAGAAGAGCUGAUCUACUAUCUCGAAUGCCAGAAACGACUUGGUCGACCUGAGGGUUUUUUUGUAGCAGGCCUGAAUUUAACGACAGAUCGAUGCUUCAUCGCCUCACAUCCUCGGGUGUCUCUCCGAACUCUGACCAUGGAGAACUGGAACCACGUGAAGAAAUGGCUAGGAGAUCAGAAACCAGGAGCUGAACCCACAUGUCUAAACAUAAUAGCAGGCGACUUCAUUGGUCCUGUACCAUUUUGUUCGCUUGUUAUUGCGCUCAACAAAAAACUGCUUUAAGGAGCUGUUGAAGUAAAAUGGGC